AUGAGCUCUGGCAACUACACAGAUCUGAGGGUGGCAGGGAAAUAUCGCCUUGGAGGUAAAAUUGGCAGUGGCUCAUUUGGGGAAAUUUAUCUCGGCUUAAAUGUCCAAACAAACGAAGAAGUCGCUAUAAAGCUUGAAAAAGCGAACACCCGUCAUCCUCAGCUACUAUAUGAAUCCAAGCUGUAUCGUUUACUGCAAGGUGGAGUAGGAGUUCCUAAUAUUCAUUGAUUUGGUGUCGAAGGUGAUUUUAACGUAAUGGUAUUAGACCUCUUAGGUCCUUCAUUAGAAGACUUAUUUACUUUUUGCAAUAGACGAUUUUCAUUGAAAACUGUCCUUAUGCUCGCAGAUCAGAUGAUAUCCAGAAUUGAAUUUUUUCACGCAAAAAACUUUUUGCAUAGAGAUAUUAAGCCGGAUAAUUUUUUGAUCGGGCUUGGAAAAAAAGCGAAUCAAAUCCAUAUCAUAGACUUUGGGCUGGCUAAGAAAUACAGAGACCCUAAAACUCAGCAGCAUAUACCUUAUAGAGAAGGAAAAAGCUUGACAGGAACUGCAAGAUAUGCAUCAGUUAGCACCCAUCUUGGAAUUGAGCAGUCUCGAAGGGACGAUCUUGAAGGCUUAGGCUUUGUUUUGAUGUAUUUUUUACGAGGAUCUUUGCCAUGAAUGGGUCUUCGGGCACAUACAAAGAAAGAGAAAUAUGAUUUAAUCAUGCAAAGCAAGCUCGAUACAAGAAAUGAGGUCCUUUGUCAAGGAUUCCCACAGGAAAUGAUGAUUUAUAUGAAUUAUUGUAGAGCGCUAAGGUUCGAGGAAAGGCCUGAUUAUGCUUAUCUAAAAAGGAUGCUCAAAGACCUAUUUUUCAGAGAAAAUUACCAAUAUGAUUUUAUAUAUGACUGAACGAUACUAAAUUUCGUAUUUUCUAUUUAGAAUAAAAAUAGCAGAAACGAAGAAAGGAAAAAAGAAAGAAGCUCAAAAAAUGAAGAAGAAAAAGUCAAUCAGCAAAAAACUAAUGAAGAAGUGAGACCGCGCCAGAGAAAUAUGUAA